AUGACGGGAUGGGAUGAUUUGCCGAAUGAAAUGAAAAGUGAAGUUUUCCAAUAUUUGAAGGAAUACGAUAGGUAACAUUGGGAAACUAUCUGACAAUUAUACGAAAAAAUAACUUUUUCAGACAAAAAAUCGCAAGAUGUUAUCUCAAAGCUCCUCUUAAUGGAGAUGAUAUUGAAACAUUGCAUUUCGAACGCCAAUAUCACACCGUUUUCUUAAAUUCAUGUUUCUUCGAUUAUCAAUGUUUCAACGUAUAUAUCAACACAGAUAUUAUUUCAUUUCAACAAAACUCGGAUGGUAUGUGGGAUAUUAGUUACAAUGGGGAUUGUAUUUGUGAACGCGUUAAAUGUAGCAAUAAUAUGAUCUUCAAGUUUUUCCAUGGAUUCGUUGAACGAUCGAAAGAUACUCUUCGCAAGUUGAAGAUUACUGAUGUGAGUUGUUGCUGUUCUGCUACAUAUUUUUUGGGUAAAUAAUGAAUGGGACCCGAAAUGGGACCCCGAAUGACUGAAUGGGACCCCGGUGUUUAAAAAUCGUCGUGAUGAAUGGGACCCCAAAAUAAUGAAAUGGGACCACAGCAUUUUUUUUGAAUUGUCUGAAUGGGAUCCCGCAAAAAAAGGGACCCCGUUGAAUUUUUGUAUUACUACGAAUGGGACCCCACUGAAAUUUUAUACUGCAAGGGAUAAAAAGUUGAAGCCUGAGCCUAAGCCUGAGAUCCUAACUAAGCCUAAGCCUGAAAACCCUAAAUAAGCCUAACAAGGGAAGUACAUAAGGUUAGAUGUUGAACUUUUUUUGCAAUUUAGUACACAUAUAGAUUCGAACCCGCUGAUCUCGAAUUCGUUUUCAAAAAUUGCCACAAGUGCACCCAAAAGUAGUUUGGCGCCAUCGAAAAAUUGUUAGGCUUAUUUAGGGUUUUCAGGCUUAGGCUUAGUUAUGUAGGAUUUCAGACUUAGGCUCAGGCUUCAACUUUUUAUCCCUUACAGUAUAAAAUUUCAGUGGGGUCCCAUUCGUAGUAAUACAAAAAUUCAACGGGGUCCCUUUUUUUGCGGGAUCCCAUUCAGACAAUUCAAAAAAAAAUGCUGUGGUCCCAUUUCAUUAUUUUGGGGUCCCAUUCAUCACGACGAUUUUUAAACACCGGGGUCCCAUUCAGUCAUUCGGGGUCCCAUUUCGGGUCCCACUCAUUAUUUUCCUAUUUUUUGGAUUCGCCACCAAAUUGUGAGAUGAACCACUGGAAGUUUGAACAUCUUUUUAAAGUUUCAGCUAUAUGUAAAUUAAAAAAAAAUAUUAGUUUCUCAGGUUUUUUAUACCAUUCGUGAUGCUUCAAUCUCGAAUUUUCCAAAACUGGAAGAAUUGGAUAUAACGACAUGCAACAAAUCAAUGUUAUAUUGUUUAAUGUCAAAAUCAGCAAACAUCAAAAAAUUGGUGGUGAGGUUCACUAAACCCGAUGAACCUACGAGAGCAAAAGAGGUUUGAGUUUCAAUUAGUUAUAGUUGGACAUCGACUAAAUUACAUUUUCAUGUUUUUUAAGCAAAUUAAUUGAAAUAUCGGGUUUUAAUCUUAUUCAUAUGAUAGAAUGGUCUAAGACGAACAGGAUGAUAUAAAUUUUGAUGACUUUACGUUAUCCAUAAGUGAUUUAGCGACCUUAAGUCGAUAAGCCGAGUCGAUCGACUAAACUUCGCUUAAUCACUUAUGGAUAACGUAAAGUCAUCAAAAAUUAUAUCAUUUUUGUUCGUCUUAGACCAUUCUAUCAUAUGAAUAAAAUUAAAACCCGAUAUUUCAAUUCAUUUACUUAUAAAACAUGAAAAUGUCAUUUAGUCGAUGUCCAACUAUACAAUUAGUUAAUUAAUCCAAAGAUAACUUAAUUAUUUUUAAAGACCAAAUUUCAAAUGGCCUUUCUCAAAUCGGUUAAAGAAUUGCAUUUGUUUUCGGACGAUCUAGACGUAACAAAGAAUGUCCUUUCUCGAAUAAUAUCAACAGACGUGUUUAACGAAAUGAGUAACAGUCCUCUCUACACAAAUCAAGAACAAUUCGACAUUAUCAUUGACUCUGAUCGUUUGAUCACCAAUUGGGUUAUGAAAGAUCAUCAAUUUUCAUUUUUCUCCAAACAUUUUAGUCAUAUAGAAUGUGAUGGAAGGAACAUUGAUGCAAAAACGAUUCUGAAAUAUAUCACAUCGAAUAAUUUUGAGAGAAAACACCUGGUUUUGAAGAAUAUUGAAUAUGAUGUUAUUCAAAAGCCCCUAGAUUUAGGGCCGAGAGUUAGGAAAAAAUACACAACGUACGUUUUUUUGGAAUAAAAAUACUAAUUGUAAGAUCACAUUAUUAUUUUUACAGCUCUUAUAGAAUUUGGAGUGCGAGUUUAUGCUGCGAAGGAUAUUACGAGGCUUUUGACAAAGUUUUGGAUAUAACGUGUGGUCCACGGAAUGAGUUCAUAAUUGAAAAUGAUUAUGAAUCUCGGUCGCACACGCCAGAAUAUUCUUAUAGUUCUGAAAAUCUGAGCCAUGAUUUCAGCACUAAUUGGUAUUGGUAA